AUGUUGCCAUUGAGAAUUUUGAGAAAAGCGCGCAACAAUAAUUUAAUUUUUAAACGAAAUAUAUUUACACAAAUAUUAAGAGGCAACAAAAAUAAUAAUAAAGUAGCAUUGUUUCCAUGGGAAAUCGGUAACAAUAAGUUCUCUGACGACAUACCUUUUUAUUUUCGUGGACGACGAAAUAUACACCUUUCAAGAAGGGCAUCUAAUCAAGACCCUUACACAGUACUAGGAUUAUCAAGAAAUGCUACUACAAAUGAAAUAAAAAAACAGUUUCGCUUAUUAGCGAAAAAGUAUCACCCUGAUAUUAAUCCCUCUCCAGACGCCAAACAGAAAAUGGCUGAUAUUACAGCAGCAUAUGAAUUAUUAUCUGAUCCUAAAAAAAAGGAAUUUUAUGAUAAAACAGGAAUGGCAGAUGAUUCAAAUUACAGUAAUCAUGCUUCAUCAAAUUUUGAAGGUGCAUUUUCUGGAUUUGGAGAUGCAUCUUUCAUGUUUACAGAUUUUGCUGAAAUGUUUACAAACAUGGCAGGAAAUAAAAAUAGUUCAACGAGAGGGGAAGACAUACAAACAGAAAUAACAUUAAAGUUUAUGGAAGCAAUAAAAGGAUGUGAAAAAAAUAUAAGAUUAAAUGUAAAGGUAUCAUGCAAUAAUUGCAAUGGGUCAGGGAAAAAACCGGGUACUAAUUUAACAAUAUGUAAAGUAUGUAACGGUUCAGGGGUUCAACGAAUGGAAAGAGGCCCAAUAAUCAUCGGAGUCCCAUGCCGAACCUGUUCAGGUAAUGGGCAAAUUAUUAAUAACCCGUGUAAACAUUGCUCAGGUAGUGGGGUAAAAUUUCAAACAAAAAAUAUAACAUUAGAUAUACCACCUGGAAUUAAAAAAGGUAUGCAAAUGAGGAUACCGAAUCAAGGCCAUUCUGGUUAUAGGGGUGGAAAAAAUGGUCAUUUAUUCGUUACUAUUAAUAUUGAACCACAUAAAGUUUUUAAAUGGAUUGAUGAUAAUAUAUAUGUAGAUGUACCUCUAACAAUUAAGCAAUGUUUAUUAGGAGGUAUAGUAAAUAUACCAACACUUAAUGGAAAUAUGGAUCUUCUUAUUAGACCUAAAACUUAUCCUAAUUCUGAAAAAGUUUUAAAGGGUAAGGGCCCAUCUAAAGUCGAUUCGCAUACUAAUGGAGAUCUAAUUGUUAAAUUUAGUCUAAGCAUCCCAGAAAAAUUAACACAACGACAAAUCGAGCUCAUCGAAGAAUUUAACAGAAUAGAGCUUAAUCUUCCCAACCCACAGGCCGCUAAUAAUUCCAACAAUAAUGACCAAAAAAUUAAUAUAAACAAUUAUAACAAAAAUGAUAAUACUAAUACUACUAGAAAUGGUAGUGGAAGUAAUGAGAAUAAAUAUUCAAAUAAUUAUUCAAAAGAUAUUGAUGAAAAUAUUCCUAAACCUCCCAAAUCUGCUAUGUACAAUAAAAAAAUCUCAAAUUUUGAAAAUAAAAAUGAUUCUAAUAUACCUAUACCACCAUUACCCCCCAAAUCAGGUGCAUCUAAUACUUUCAAUAGUACCACCGGAUCGUCCAUGAAUAAUUCUACUAUUCAUUAUGAAAAUACAUAUAAUGGGGAUGAUGUGAAAAAAAGCAAACAUUAUACCUUUAAUAAUAAUGAAGAAAAUAAUAACGAAACUGGCCGAAGCCAAAAUAAAAACAGAGAUUCUGAAAAUUUAUCAGAAUCUACUUUGUCAUCUGCAAAAAAAUGGUUUAUUGAUAAGUUGAAGCCGACGAACUAA